AUGAACCGGCUGGAAGCGCUGCAGACUGCGCAGCCGCACCCGCACCCGCACACAAUCACGAGCAGGCAAACCUGCGCCAAAGCCGUCAACAUCGCAUCUUGCGAAAGCUCAGGAUGGCGUUCGCAGGCAGGACAUUCCACCUUUGUCGAUCCGCUGAUAGGCACCGCGGGACCGGAUGCGAGCACUUACGAGCCGGAUAGCUAUGCUGGUCUAUCACCCAAUCCCAGUCCGCCUUUCGCAGCAGUUCGCGUCACUCCAUCCACUCGCACAAACUACGUUAGCUCAGAGGGUUACUACUAUCACGACAAGACGUAUCGAGGCACCUUGAUGACUCGUCAACCUGCCAUUUGGAUGGGAGACCUGGCACCCGUGGAGAUCAGCGCUGGAUUUGGUCAAUUACAGCUUGACGAGCAAUCUCGUGCGCUGCCUUUCUCGCACGAAGAGGAGUUUGCCUCUUUGGGCAAGCACGCGCUCAGAGUGGAUGCUUCGCGCCAACAACGGGGAGCAGGUUUCUAUGUUCAAACCGCUGGCAGAUCACACUCUAGCAUCAUAGAAUAUGAUGUGCGGCAGAGCGAGAGCCAGCAUGGAAUAUUGGUCGAUGGCCCUUACGUGGCGAUACACGCAGCCAGAGAAGGUUGGAGAGGCGCUGUGUUCGUCGAUGCCGACAGGCAGGAGAUAUCUGGAUGGACUCCAGAGAGAAUGGUGAGCUUGAAGGGCAGUUCAAGUUACAAAGUCCGAGCUGACAGUGUCGGCUCGCCUUCGCUUCCUCCCCCCCUUGUCUGCUGCAGGACUACAAGGUGAGAUGGGAUGCUAUGAGGGAAGGAGGGGCGCGUCGUUCGCCUAUUGUUGGAGUGCGGACUGAUGCCUUGUUUCACGUACAACGGAUCAGCUGGGCCCACAUCAAGCUCCGAAUUUCCGAGGUUACUUUGUCUCUCGCAUCGAGAGCGAGGCUGGUUGGCUCGACUGGGGCACUGCGAGAACGCAGCACAAUUUGACCCAGACGUGGUCGAAGCAGAGAGGCCGAUGGAACGAAGAUGCGCUGGCUGGUGUGAGUCUUGCGUGCGUGUACCUUCUGCCCGUGCGUUCCUUGCCCAGCUGAUCCUGACAUAUUCUCCCAAUCAUGGCGCUGCGCGGUGACUCAGUGGGUCAAAUUUACGCCAAAUACCACUCGUGUAUUGAUCAAGACUGGCUUGUCUUUACUUUGUGAGAGUCUGAUAAUACUUUGCCUUCAAGCGGCCGCGUCUCUGAGCUGUGGUCAGCCUUAUCCAGCCAUCGAUCAAGCACGCCGAAACCUGGAGAGUGAGCUUAGCUCCGCACAAGAUGUGGAUGAAGUUGCACUUCAGAACACCCGCGAAUGGGACGCCGCAUUGUCAGUCGUCGAAACUGAAGGCGGCAAUUCGGUCCAGAAACGUGUCUUGUGUGAGAGUGUGGUACUGCUUUUGUGGAAUAGUGAUGCAGCACCUGAAUCUUCAUCCACAACCUCAGACACAGGAUUACACCGCACGUUGCAGUUCCCAUCUUUGCAUAGCGAGUCAGCGGACGAAGGAUCGGCUUACUACUCGCUCUACACCGACAGCGUGAACAAAGGCGAAGCGUAUCAAUCGUAUUCGAUCUGGGACACUUGGCGUGCAGCUUGGGCAAUGCAGAUUUUAUUCGCUAACCAUCGAGUCGGUUCGAUGGUCUCUAGCAUGCUCGACAUGUAUCUCCAAUCAGGUAAGAACGGUAAACCUGGAUACCUGCCAAUGUGGGCCAAUGGAGCGGAAACAAAGUGAGUGCGGACAGCAUCCUUCCGAAGAGGCACAUCACGGUCGGUAUACUGAUGCUCGGUCGUUUGAACGCGAGGAAGCAUCAUGAUCUCGACUUGGGCUGAUUCGCUGAUCGCCGAGGCGUUUGCAAAGAACGUCACCGGCUUCAAUCGCGAAUUGGCGUUGGAGGUGAGUUGGUCGGGCCCGACUUUAGUCAUGCGGGAUUUCUUGCGCCAGUAACCCCUGUCUAAGCGCGCAGGCUGUGUUGAAAGAUGCUAGCGUGCCGCCCGAACUUGAUGAGGAUCUCAAAGUAAGUCGUGCGCCCAGUGAGGUGAAUGCCACUGCCCACUGAUGCAGACUGAUUCCUCACCUUUUCGUCCAGUACGAGGACAGGGAGGAGUUCACGCCUAUCGAGGCGCGAGCUGGCCUAACGUCGUACGCGAGCCGAGGCUGGGUAGCACAUGAUCGGACUGCAGAGUCUGUCAGUCGCACGUUAGACUAUGCAGCUUGCGAUGCAGCAGUCGCAAUCGUCGCUUCGCACAUGAGUGAUCAGUCUUCUGCGGCAAUCUAUCGCGCCAGAGCGGAGCAAAAUUACUUAAACGUGUACAACAACGCCACCGGCUUCUUUGCUCCUCGAUUUGCAAAUGGAAGCUUUUUCGAAGCUCCUCUGCAAGAUCCUAAGGCCAGAGACGAUGGCUUUACCGAGGGAAACAGGUGGACAUACUUGUUCGACGUCGUUCAUGACCUGCCCGGUCUAGUAAGACUGCACGGAUCCAGAAUGGCAACUCUUCAGAAGCUGGACGACUACUUUGAGGGCGGGUACAAUGACCAUUCCAACGAGCCUUCUCACCAUGUGCCCGUGCUGUAUGCAGCACUUGGUAGACCUGACAAGAGCGCAAAAAUAAUACGAGAUAUUGCGCACGCGGAAUACACGGAUUUGCCGGAUGGGUACAAGGGCAACGAGGACUUGGGACAGAUGAGCAGCUGGUACACUUUUAUCAGCGCCUUCGGAUUCUAUCCUCUACACCCUGCCAGUGCGAAGUAUGUCGUCGUGGGGUGAGUGGUGACAUGCAGCAAAGCUUUGCCGGUCAAGUCGGCCCUUGCUCACGUUCUCCCCCACCCCCCCUCUUUCUCUUCUCCAUUCGCUGCUGCAAUCACCCUGAAGUGCGCCAUUCUUCUCAAAAGUGACCAUUAAGCUGCCUCACAUCAAAGAUCACAAGCUAGUGAUCAUCGUGCAUGGCUCCACCGACGAGCCUGGAGGCGCACACGGGGAUUCCUCUGCACCUGCCGACCCCAGAAGAAUCCUGCAUUUCACUAUCAAUGGAAGACCGCUCCAGAUACCCAUCAUUACCCAUGGGCAGGUAGAGGAAGGAGGAAUUUGGCAUAUUCACCUUGCUCGGCCUGACGAGGAAUCGUCGUGGGGCUUGGAAGCAGAUGAUGAGAAGUGGGUGGCUUGGUGGCGGUAUUAG